AACGAGUGGUAGAGAGGGGUGGAGGAAGAAGAAACAGACAGAAGGAUAGAAAGUUGUGACUGAUGUUUAUUGUGAUGUCCAAGCUGAGGCUCAUUAGCUGCACACGACCACUCUGUAUGCAUUCCCUAGUUGACACAGUGAGCUCACUAAAUGACAUGCAGCGCAGUACAGGACGUUCUCUAACCCGGGUCUGUGCCAGGAACUGGCUGGCAUCAUCACAUGGGCAAGUGAUGAGUUUUUUUGGGUCGUUUUUCUUGGUUUUCUAUAGACCUGGUGGUAGUUCUGUUGUGUGACACAGCAGUGUAUGUAUGUGUGUGUGUGUGUGUGUGUGUGUGUGUGUGUGUGUGUGCGUGUCAGUUUGACGUCAGAUGUGGUUUUGUGUUGGUUUGAGGUGUUCUGUAGAAUUCUGUUGCUGCAUCUUUCAAAAGCACUGAAGCUCUUUGUACAGCAUUUGGUGUGUGCAUUUGGGUUUUUGUGUUGUGUGUGUGGCAUUAUUCUGAUCCACACUGGGGACAGCAACAGCGCAAUGCGAGGUGGAGUAGGGCACAAUGAAGGAAUAUUCGCUGUAUUGUUACCAUGAGGACCUCCAUGACAACCAACAGUGGAGCUGCAGGAAAAGUUUUUCUCCUUUUUUGGGCCCGUUGGGGCGGAAGGGGGACAGAGGAUGGCUUAGAGGUCCAGUGGGCCAGUCCAAAUGGCCAGAGUACUUCCCAGUCUGUGGUGGUGCUGCCCAGUCUCCUGUUGACAUUGCACCAGUCCAGACCCAGUAUGACCCCAGCCUGGGUCCUCUCACCCCUCUGGGAUACAGCCAGCAUGGCAAAGUACCCUUUAGUCUCCACAACAACGGACACACAGUGCAUGUUUCUCUCCCAGACUGGAUGGGUGUAGGGGGACUGCCCUGGCAUUUCACAGCUGUCCAGAUGCACCUUCACUGGGGCAACGGAUCUCCGGGUGCUGGGGGCAGCGAACACACCAUCAAUGAGCAGAGGGCUGCAGCAGAGCUACAUGUGGUCCAUUAUAACUCUGAGCUGUACCCCAACAUGUCCAUGGCUAAGACCCAACGAAACGGCCUGGCUGUGCUGGGAGUCCUCAUAGAGACAGGUGAGGAGGAUAACCCAGCAUUUUGGAACAUCCUGAACUACCUGGGACGCAUCAGACAUGCAGGUCAGAGUGUGUCCAUCCCAGCAUUUGAUGUCCAGUCCCUCCUCCCCCCUGACCUGGGCCGGUACUACCGCUACAAUGGCUCCCUAACCACCCCUCCCUGCUUCCAGAGUGUUCUCUGGACUGUCUUCACAGAGACCAUCAAAAUCUCACGCACACAGCUGACGAAGCUGGAAACAGUCCUAUACACCAGUAAGGAGGAGGACUCUAACCGUCUGCUCAUGCAGGACAACUACCGUAUGACUCAACCGCUCAACGACCGGACAGUCCUCUCAUCCUUCCCACUAGAAUCACUGAAGGUGUACUCUGCCGGUGAGAUAUCAGCAAUAGUGAUAGGUGCUCUGUGUGGCUGCAUUGGUCUGGCUGUCAUCAUUUGCUUCAUAGUGAAGACCAUACGCUCCACCUCUAGCUGGGAUGUCCUGCCCAGCAUCCGGCCUGCCACCAUUCUCAGAAUGCCAGGGAAGGAGCCGAAACAGGACGUGGCCCUGAACACGACAUCUGAACCAGGAAAGAAAGAAGAUCCUCUCCCCACCUCAGUCUGACACCAUUCAAAAGGCCUUUUCACACUGCAUUGUUCUUAACCUAAGGCUAAGAAUGGCCCUGUGUUAGCUGAGCCUGUGUUCAAAAAAUAGUUUGUUAACACUGAGCUAAGGAUUAACCCUAGGCUAAAGUUUCACACCGUGGGCUAAUGGACAAAUACGACACAAGACUAUUUUACAUUCCAUAAUAAGUUACAAAUUUGUCAUUAUCUCUGGCAUGCAAAUCAUGUUACAGUACAUCACUGACACGCGAUUAGUGUUCCUCUCCGAAGAUUCAAUUAACAACUUUUUGACAUCAUUUGAUUAAGAAGCCCACGCUGUCAGAAUUUGCUUUGACAAUUUUAUUAAAACUCUUUAAAGAAAGAGAAAAACAUAAGAAAGCUUCGGUAACUACUUCGCUAAGAUAAAGCCAGGCUCCACCACUACUGACAUACGAGGCACAUCUAAACACAGGGACAUCCUGUAGAGAAAUGUUAUACCACCUGUAAUUGUGCAGAUUAUAAACAAUGUGAUUCUGAAUGCAGCGCGUGCUGGUGUGUGUGCGUGUGUCACUGUGUUGCUGGUUAGAGUGUGCAUCGGGAGAAUCACUGGUCUCUGUGUUAUGUGUAUUUCGCUUGGUAUUGUGUUUGUGAAUGUCUGUGUAUCUGUGUGUGUUGCUUGUCUGAAUUCAGCUGUAAAUCUCACAUGAAAAUAAAGGACUUGAAUGACGAUGUA